ACGAAGCGUUGUCGCCGCCAGUCGGUGAAGUAACGAAACGGAGAUGUGCUCACUGUCGCUCUCAAAGGAACCUCGCCAUGUUUUUUUUUGACUAGAUAGUAAAGUUAAAGCCGUCCAAGCGAGCAUGUUUGACCCAAUUAUUUAAUACUGAGUGAAAAUAAAUUCAGAGGGAAGAUUCGAACAUCUGACAGCCUGUGCGUGGGAAUGGCAGCUCCACGGCCGAUAAAAGGCAUCCUGAAAAACAAGAACAACGCCGCUGGUGUCAAGCCGCUACCGGAGGACUUUCUGCCGGAUAAACCCGAAGAAAGUGCCGGACUCUCGGAUGAAGAGCAGCAGAAGAAGUCCCAGAAGUGGGAUGAGAUGAACAUCCUGGCUACUUACCAUCCAGCAGACAAAGAUUAUGGCCUGAUGAAGAUAGAUGAGCCCAGCACGCCUUAUAACAGGAUGGUUGGAGACGAAGACGAUGAGGGGGCGCUGAGCGACUCGGAGGGUCAUGGGGCGCUUCAUGCGGACGACCUGACAUCAAAGCUCAAAGCGGCAGAGUGUUCGGAACCUCGAUUUAUGAAGGAAGAAGAAGAAGAAGAGGACGAGGAGAGCAGUGAGGAGGAGGAAGAAGAGCUGACCCCUGAGGAGCAAGCCAAAAAGAAACAUUUCCAGAUGAUGAGGAAAAAGCAUUACAACGAGGGCCUCAAUAUCAAACUGGCUAGACAGCUCAUCGCCAGCGAGCUGGAGGAUGACGAAGAUGAGGAUGAGGACGAGGAGAUGAGGGAUGAGACGGAGGAGGCGGAGGAGAUUAAUGUGGAUCCGCCACAAGGUGAGAAUAAACUGAUUCUCUGGACUCCUAGACGAGGCAUGCGUACUUACACUCCAGUAUGAGUGGAUGGGCUUACCAUGCAGACGAGACAGUACCACAGCGCUGCGUGUUUCCAAUGUCGAGCCAAGCAAAGACACCGCUUCACACAUCAAACGCCUCCAAACAGCCAUUCAUCUGUCUCCACUAGUCCCAAAAGGUGCAAUAUAACCUAGUGACAAAUGUCCUCCACUGACGCUACCCCCUCCCCUCUCCAUGGACAAGGCCGCACUGAAGACAAUAUGAUUCUGACUGUGGAAGUAAGUUCAAGGCCUUGGAGGACAGUUGCUGGGACCGUCCCUCAGUGGGCCUUGGAGCUAGGAGGUCAGCCCUGAAGAAACCCAAGGGAAGCCGGCUGGAGGCGUCUCAAGGAUCUGCUUUUAAUCUGUCACCUACUUUUUUUUGCUUCUUUUUGAAUUUAUAUCAGGACAGUUUUAAUUUAACAGCCACGUGGAUAUGAUGUAGUUGCACGGUGUGAGUUCUAAGCAGAGUUUGUUCACAUGGGCUGUGUCUCAAUUCGCACACUUACGUACUUACACUUCAAUAUCUCUACUGAGUACACUGUGUACUUGGUUAGUCGCAGAUUUUGACAUGCACGCGUAUGUACUUAAACUUCAAUAUCGCUACUGAGUACACUGCAUACAUGGUUCCUUGAGGCGCAGAUUUUCACACACACUUAGGUAAUUACGCUUCAAUAUCUCUACUGACUACACUUGCUUCCUUAAGAUGCAGAUUUUUACAUGCAAAAUGACACUUCAAUAUCUACCGAGUACACUGAAUACUUAGUUCCUUAAGAUGUGUAUUUUGACACGCACACUUAGGUACUUACACUUCAAUAAGGCUACUGAGUACUCUGUGUACUUGGUGCGUUAAGACACAGAUUUUGACAGGCGCAUGUACGUAGUUUUACUUCAGUAUCUCUACUGAGUAUACUGCGCACUUGGUUCCUUAAGAUGAGUAUUUUGACAUACACACUUGGGCAUUUACACUUCAAAGGUUGUACUGAGUACACUGUGUACUUUGUUACUUAAGAUGACAUGCGCACUUAUGUAUUUUUCCUUCAAUCUUUUCUGAGUGAACUGUGUACUUGAUUCCUUAAGAUAUUGAUUUUGACACGCACACUUAUCCUUUUACAUGUCAACUGAGUGCACGGCGUACUUGGUUCCUUAAGAUGCGGAUUUUGCCUCAAAAUCUCUACUGAGUACACUGCGUGAUAGGUUCCUUAAGGCACGGACUGUGACUCAUGUAUUACACUUUGAUAUGUCAUAGUGCACUGUGUAUUUAGUUCCUAAAGGCGUUUGAUUUUUGACUUAAGCGCUGUCCCUAUGCGCACGUCCGAUCGCAAAAUAACUUACUCUCCUUUUUUAAUUGUGAAUUGCAAUCGUCAGCCAAAAUGCAGAUUAUAGACCAGUGGUUCUUAACCUUGUUGGAGGUACCGAACCCCACCAGUUUCAUACGCGCAUUCACCGAACCCUUCUUUAGUGAAAAAUAAAAUGUUGUUUUUUUUCAAAUUCAAGACAAAGUUCUAUAUUUUUGGUAAUACUUUAGUAUGGGGAACAUAUUCUAAGUAACAUACUUAAUUUAGAGUUUUUUGGACACUAGGGGAACAUAUUCUAAGUAACAAAGACUUAAUUUACGGUUAGAGGGUUAGGGCCAGGGUUAGAGGGUUAGGGUUAUAAUAAGGCCAUGCCGAAUAGGGCAUUAAUAAGUACUUAAUAAUGACUAGUUAAGAGCCAAUAUGUUACUAAUUUGCAUGUUAAUAAGCAACUAAAUAAUGGUGAAUAUGUUCCCCAUACUAAAGUGUUACCAUGUUUUUUUUACUGGUGCAUAAAAUGAACCGUGCAUGAACAUCACCUUGUUCAAAGAACAAAACCUACGCAGUGCAUAAACUCACAACAAAUUACACACUUGCCAAUCAGUGUGACUUCUGCUGUUGCCGUAUCCGUAAUACGCCGAUAGAGAGAAGUUUUUAUUUACACGUGUUUUGACCUCCGCCGAACCCCUGAGCCCGACUCACCGAACCCUUGGGGUUCGAUCGAACCCAGGUUAAGAACUACUGUUAUAGAUGUUGUGUGUUGAGUACACUAAACGCCUGAAAUGAUGGGCUGGGGACUAAUGGGAGUGGUUGCAAUUCCUAAAUAAAAAGGAGAGAAGACAAAGCAGAUUCAUAUUGCUCUAAUCAUGGUACCAACAAUAAUAGAUUUAGGACAGCACUACAAUGUCAAAGUACUCAUUGUAUGCAGUGUACUGUACAUAGCGUACUGACGUAAGUAUUGAAUUUGAGACACAGCCAUGAUUUUAAGUCUCUCAUAAUUUUUAUAAACAAAUAUCUUUACUUAACUUAACACUGAAAGAUUUAACGUUUGGAAAUUUCCGUUAAAGAUACUUACUUUCCAAGUAGUAUGUUUUGGUUUUUCUGCACUUCAGUUGUAAGACAAGUCGAUGAAUCCAGAAGUCGACACUGAUUCAGACUAUGGGGCUGAUUUUUUUUUUCUGAAGUCGAGUAACAGAGAUUUUGACUGAAGGAUCCAAAGAGAUGAAAUCCUGCAAUGGUGGACUAUCAUAUGCUACUGAGGAAUAAGAAAAAAGGUCAACCCACACGAGUGAUUUAUUGGACUUUCCAUAUAUCUUGAUUUUUGUCUGGUAAAUUUUAACGAAGAAGGUAAAAUGUAUUGCCUGUCUGAUUAAAAUAAUGUCCAAUCGGGAGGUGUAAUUCAUGCUGAUGCUACUGAUGAAUAAAUACUUUCAAUGUUGGCUUUAUUACGGAUUCCUGUAAAGUAAUUUGGAACAGCGUGAAAGAAAAAAAACAAGUGUCCUGUAUUGUUUUUUUAUGUUUCCUUCUUUCUUAAUUAGUCCUUGAUGUGACCGGUGAUGUGUUGAGCAUUGUGUCAUGCAAAUACAAAACAGCCUGGCUCUUUUUGCAGUUCUACGCUUUGAGGAUGCUCCAUUCCUGAUAUAUUAACACAAACUUGACAAGAUUCAUAAAGAGGUAAUGGUUUCAAAAUUUGACAAUACUGUCACAUUAUGUGCAUCUUCCCCCCCCCCCCCCCCCACUUCAUUUUCUCCACCAUUUUGCACUUAUUUUUUUAAUGAUCAGGAGUCCCGUGUCUUGUUUGCACUUUGCAUGUUCAUCGUCACAAAUUAUAUGUAUUUUUUGUUGUCUCCCCUCCGAUUAAAAACAGCUUGUUGUA